GUGAGUGCAGGAAACAGACAAGAGAGCAGGUGAUUAAACAGCUGGCUUCUUUUUUUGUUGGGAUUAUUCAGAGUUUGCUCGCUCCGUUAAGAGGUUUUCUGAGAGAAGUUGACAUUUUGGCUAUGAGCAAGCUGUGGUUCAACUGCACCUUACCAGUGUUUGCAUUAUAUGUCGUUGCAGUAUGCCUAAAUCAUGCAGCACUUACACUGGCCAUACAGGUGACAUCCACUGGACCACAGACUAUCAAGAAAGCUCAGGGGGAGAGCGUUACUCUGGGAUGCACUUACACUGUUGACCCCGUGGAUGUGGGAGGGUUGGACAUUGAGUGGACAGUUGUCAGUCAAGACAUGACCCAGAAAGAUCAGCUGAUCUUAUCUUACACCGGGGGGAUGGAGCACAAGCUGGGAGAUGCAUCACUCAUGAGUCGUUUCCGGUUUGUUGGGGACCCCAGCAAUGGAGAUGCAACGGUCACCAUUUCUGACCUCCAGACCUUAGACACGGCCACGUACCAGUGUAAAGUGAAGAAAACACCAGGCAUCGAUUCGAGGAAAAUCACUUUAUUGGUGCUAGUACGACCUUCGGUCCCUAAAUGCAGGAUGGAAGGCAGCGAAGAGAAGGGUGGAAUGGUUUCGCUGCGCUGUAAAUCCUCUCAGGGUUCACCUCCUCUAAAGUAUGCAUGGACGAAAGAGAGUGGAAACAUUCCACCGACCGCAAUACAGAAUCUCCAAACUGGAGAGAUGCUAAUCAGAAACCACAGUGAGAGCUACACGGGGAAAUACCUUUGUGAAGUCAGCAAUGAAGUUGGCACCGAACAAUGCACCUACACCCUUCAAGCAUAUAACCCGACUAAUAAAGUGGGAGUGAUUGUGGGAGCUGUGAUUGGAGCAUUGUUGUUGUUGCUCCUCCUCCUCCUGCUGAUCUGGCUCCUGAUUUGCUGCUGCAACAAGCGGCGCUAUGAAAAAGAGGUUGCCAAUGAGAUAAGGGAGGAUGUGGCUGCGCCGGAGAGUCGCCCAGGAAGUCGUGUAACAAGCUUCCGUUCUAUAAUGAACUACCGUGCCCAUCAAGGCAUUAACUACAGCUCGGUUCAGAAUGCAAAUGUCUUGCGAUCUGGAUCAGGUCACAGCACCGAACGGAGUAGAGUCCAAAGGGAAGCCAGUAUGCUUGCUAGUGAUCUUAGGCCUCCGCUACGAUAUGACAGCAAAUAUGGAUACCCUGUAUAACUGACGACCUGCCAGUGGGACUCUGAACUAAAAGAUUAUACUCACUAAAAACUGUGCAAAACCAUUGCAAGAUUUGUGAACCUUAAACCUGCACAGAAGGUGAAUUUGCUAUGUGUAUAGUAGUGUUUAUGUAUUUUUGUAUGAUUUUAUUAUAAUAAUUAGCAUAUUUUGGACAUUUUGGUUCAAAUGAAUUAAUUUCAUUAGAUUAUGAUGGUAAUUUGAGGAGUUAUUAAACAAAAACUAUUUUUAAACUACCUUGUAAAUUUGAAAGUAAAAGAUUUAAAAAGUGUGAUCUAAGUGAUUGCUAUGUUACACAGUUAUAUACAGUAUAUGGGCACUUAAGCUAUGCUUAAAGUAUGCAUGCAUUAUAUGGCAAAAUAUCAAACUAAAUGACAUUUAUUUUCACAUGUGUGAACAGACUUUAUAAAUCCACUAAAAGUCAUCUUGACACCAGUUGAUUAAAAGUCAUUGCAAAAAUGGCUCAGAAAAAUGAGCCCACUUCUAAGUAAAGGUCUAGCAUAAUGUGUUUGCAGAAGCCAAUUGGUUUGAUAUUUUGUCAUCUAAUGCAAUGACAUUCUGACAUUUUCAAGUGUCUGAAUACUUUUGGUGAAAUGUGGUUAACAUUAAUGAAUGUUUUCAAAUUGUGUCUAAUAAACCUUUAACUUUACCUUAGAAGCUUAAAAAUGAAAAGUUACUCAGUAAAUUACUCAUUUAUACGUUUACACAUUUAAUAUCAGACUUUGGUUUCAAAUAGGCAAUUUUUUAUCAUUUAAAGUAAUAGUAAACAAACUGUGAUAGUAUGAUGUUCAAAACACAUAUGAUUUUCUUGCUUUCCUGAAACACAAAACCAAUGUUCAUUGAAACUAUUCCUUUUAAGUUAUAAAAAAUAAAC